AUGAAACGUCUUGCUCUUGCAUGGCUGUUGGCCCAGCCCGUUCUUGGCGGCGGUGGGUUGGUCGGAUAUGGCAUUUACCCAUACGAGCCACCCUGCGCGUACGCCUGUCUCCGAUCGCUGGGGAGCUUGAUGCUCGAGUGCUCCAGUCGUGAGGAGAUGCCAAGCGGAAUGAGUCAUGGUCCGGGCAUGACUUCUCCAGAGUGCAGGGCCGGUGACACACCUUGGCUUACCACUCUUGCUUGGUGCAUCAAGACAGAAUGUGCCGAGUAUCACGUCCCCGUCUCCAAGCUUGAGGGUUUUUGGGAGAAGGAAUCUACUGAGAGUCCCAAUGUUUCUCCCAAAUGGAGUUGUUCGACCUCUUUGCCGAAAAUCUCGAAAUCGCCGACGCAGCAACUCACAACUACCGACGAGUACCUCAACACAACCUCCAUUGUUGACCCCUCGGUGUAUCUAGCUCAGUACAAUGCCCUCACCGCCGUCUAUCGUGAAAACCUCGUCGAAGCAGGUUUUGGCAUCGCUAUCCUGGUCGCUGGAUUUGGCAUUCCCAUGGCCCUCACCUGGCUUGGCUAUGUUCCAUACAUGUCAGGUCUCCUCGACAAAGUGAAGCCAUACUUUGUCUACCAAACAAUUGUGGGAACAUAUCAUGUCCGCCCGCUUCCUUACCUCCUCGGCAAUGCUCCUACAGUCGGUCAAGGCCUCCACGUGCUAGUAUUCUUCAUCCUCAACCUCAUCCUCACGGCCGUCAACUACAAAACACAGCAGCCCCAUGCCUGGUAUACCACGCGGGCCAAGGAGAUCACUGCCUACAUCUUUUACCGCACAGGAGUGUUUGCCUUUGUUCUGCUCCCUCUCUUGAUUCUCUUCUCGUCCAGGAACAACUUUCUGCUCUGGAUGACAGACUGGUCUCACUCAACCUACAUGUUGUUACACCGCUGGGUAGCUCGCAUGCUUGCCCUCCAAGCCCUCCUUCAUACUCUUCUCGCCCUGCCUUUGUACUAUCCCGCCGAAGCUAGGAAGGAAUACUGGAUCUGGGGUGCCGUGGCAACUGUGGCAACCAUGAUAAUGGUUUUUGCGAGCGGCCUUUACGUCCGUCGUUUUGCCUACGAAGCCUUUCUCAUCUCCCAUAUCCUUCUUGCAGUCUUUGUCAUUGUCGGAUGUUGGUACCACAUCAAGUACUGGAUUGGUCUCGUUUGGGGAUACGAGGUCUGGCUGGAAAUUGCUUGCGGCGUGUGGUUCUUUGAUCGUCUCGUGCGAGUAGGUCGCAUCUUGAAGACGGGUUUAUGUCGCUCUAAGGUUACUGACCUUGGCAAUGGUUAUGUCCGUGUUGAUGUCCCUGGAAUCCGAUGGGCGUCUGAGCCUGGUAAUCAUGUGUAUGCUUACUUCCCAACACUCAACCCGUUGCGUCCUUGGGAGAACCACCCUUUUUCUGCCCUGCCGACUGCCCUGCUAUCACAUUCAGGCAGCGGCGUCAACUAG